AUGAAGCACAAGGAAGUAUGCCCAGCACGAAAUGUGAAAUACAACAAAUGUGGCAAAGCCCGACACAUUGCUAAAGUCUGUAAGAGCUCUGAAGAUAUCCGACAAGUGGAGCCAGAGAACGAGAGGGAAGAUGAUGGGGUAUACAACAUUAAUUUAUUUAGAAUCAAGACUUCAGCAAGAUCAGUCAAACCAAGGUUGUCAUCAAGCAUGCGAGAUAAAAAUGAUUUCAAAACGCAGUUAGUGGUAAACAAUUGCCUGGAUACAGUGAUAAUUGAUACAGGUGCUCAAGUUAGCGUCUGUGGAACAGUCCAAGCUAAAAAAUGGAACAUGCUUGGGAAAAUGAUUCCCUCAAAAGUGAGAAUAAAGCCAUAUAAGAGCACUCCGAUACCAGUGCAUGGUCAGGCUCGAUGUGCAGUUACGUUUGGCCAAACAUCUGUCCCUGUCAUGUGGCAUAUCAUCUCGGGAUCGUGUGAACCAAUAAUAGCGCGGAAGAUGGCCUUGCAGCUUGGUAUCAUUGAUUUUAACGCCAACCCAGACACACAUUUCAUCCGAUCCUUAUGAUAGAUGCUGAAGAUAAAGGCAAUCUUCAAGAAAUAUUGGCGAGGUAUCCGCAAAAUUUUAAUGGUAUUGGCAAGCUCCAUCAUCACAAAGUUAAAUAACAUGUAGACAAGGAAGUUAAACCAGUCCAUGUGCCACCAAGAUCAUUUCCAUAUCAUCUUAAAGAAAGAGGUCAGAAGGAAAUUGAAGAUAUGAUCGAGCAAGACGUCAUCGAAGAACACCCCAGGGAUGAACCUGCCCCAUGGGUUGCAAAUGCUGUUUUGGCACCAAAGGAUGACGGUAGUCUUUGGGUUACAAUGGAUGCCCGCAACGUAAGCAAAGCCUUGUACCCAACAAAUCACCCUAUCGCACGUCAUGAAGAUAUCAAAGCGAAACUAUCUGGCUGUCGAGUCUUCUCCAAAAUGGAUUUUAAAUCCGCGUUCUGGCAGAUUGAAUUGGAGCCUGAAUCGAGAUACUUGACUGUUUUCCACGCCAAUUAUAAAUUGUAUCGUUACAAGCGCUUAACCAUGGGCCUCCAACCAUCGCAAGGAGAAUUAAAUGCUGGGCUCCUCCCUGUAUUGGCGCAUAUUCCCAACGCCCAUCUAAUCCAUGACGACCUCAUCGUAGAUCGAUCGGUUGACCUUUGUAUGCAGGCCAUUUCGGACGCGGGAAUAACACUGAAUGCAAAAAAGUGCCAGUUUGGAAGGAAAAAAAUUUCGUUUUGGGGAAUGAUCUAUGGUGAAGAUGGUGUUAAACCGGAUCCCUCGAAGGUGGAAGCACUUGUACAUCUUACUGCCCCGACUAGCAAAGAAGAAUUAAUCAGUUUCCUAUGCAUGAUGCAAUCGAACUCGGAAUUUGUUCCAAAUUUUGCCCAGAGGUCGGCAAAGCUUCGAGAGUUGACGAAAGGGAGAGCAAGAUUUGUUUGCAGCAACGAGCACCAGAAGGGGUCAAUCCGCAUAGAUCGUACCAAGCUACCGCAUCAAGAUGUUAGGUACGAGGUCGUGUACCAAGAAGGAAAGCUUAAUCAAGUUGAUUUUACGUCAAGGAAAGCCAAACCUUUACAAAUGAUGACGAACGAGGAGCGAGAAGAAGCAGAAGAGCUCAAUAAUCUCUUAUAUAUGCUACACACCACGCCAAUUAUGGAUAGCAUUGGGAUUGGUAAUAUUGCAAUGCACACGAAGAUUGAUGAAACAUUAACUGAACUUGCAAAGAUUAUACAAAAUGGUCGAAAAUGGAUACCAAAAACUUCGCAUCCUAAAGUACGAAGUUUCGAGCAAAUUAUCCCAGAAAUAACCAUCGCAGAAAACGGCGUUAUGUUCAAAGGAGAGAGAAUUAUUCUUCCAGAGAGCCUGCAAGAUACAGCAAUUCAGCUGGCCCACGAGGAAGUCACCUGGGACAGAGUGGGAUUAAAAGGCGUCUAA